AUGGCCGCCCCCACACUCAUCGCAGCAAACACGACGGUAAACAGCGAGGCGACUUACUCCACCAUCGAUCCAGGCAUUUACGUUGCCACCAAUAACCACCAGAGGGCACAUAACCUGCAGAUACUGGACCAACUACAAGCCUCGUUUAUGGAUGACACCAAGGAACAGCAGUUUCUGGACGUGGGUUGCGGCACCGGAGACUUUACUCGAGAUCAUCUCCUUCCACGUUGCACGCCACUCGAAAGAAUGGUUGCGGUCGAUGUCUCCGAGGACAUGGUGGAGUAUGCCAAGAAGAAUUUCGCCCAUCCCAAGAUAUGCUACGAUGUCCUGGACAUAUCGGGGAACGGCGUGGCUGACUUCGUCAAGAGAUACGGUCAGUUCGAUCGCGUCUACUCAUUCCAUUGCCUACAGAGGGUGACCGAUCAAGGCGCAGUACUGAAGAACAUCGCCAUAUUGCUCAAACCCGGUGGGGAAUGUCUGCUUCUUUUCGGAGCUUCAUCAAUCAUUAUGCGUUUGAAUAAGAUGCUUGCAACAAUGGAUCAUUGGAAAAAAUAUCGAAAGGUGUUUGAGAAUACCAUUCCUCCAAGCGCAGAUCUGGUGAGCCAAGAUGCCCUUUUGCCCUACAUGUUGAACCUUGUGAAGAACGCCGGUCUAGUUCCAAUUACCUGCGAGUUGAUCCAAGGACCGCUCACGCACUUAAGCCCCGAGGAAAUGAUCGGGCUUCUGAUGACCUUGAAUUGCCUUUCGGCACUUGUGACGAAAGAAGAGAAGCCCCUCCUCCUUAAGGACGUCACCGAAUAUUCGUCCAGGACCUGGUCUGACAUGGCGUCCGGUUCCUCAUCCCUCCCCUCUUGCUUGUUUCUGGUGCGCGCCCACAAACCACGACCCUAAGCGGUGUCGGGCAAACACAGUUUGCAUACUUGCUGCCUAGAAGCUGUUGGACCAGCACCGUAUUUGUGACGCUAUCG